AGCUACCAACUUCAGGAGGGAGGGCUGGAAUCGCAGCGGGCGGAGCGCACACGCAUGCACUUUCGAGAGUAGGUGGGCGCUGGUCGCCGGAGUGAGGGGAUUAAAAAGUUGUUUCAUCUCCUCUCGGUCGUGGAGACGCACGGACAGAACACCAGGAGAGUGGCCACGGGCGGGACUUGGGAAUGGCAGCGGACCUCGGCAUAUCCCUGGCCAUUCUGGCGGGGAUUGUUCUACUGAGCGAGGUGAUGCGGAGGGUUGCAGCUAAAGUCCUCGGCAAGUCGGAUUACCUUGUGUACGUGUGGGAGAUCAUUUCGACCUUGCAGCUAUGCUCCUGCACGCACGAGUUGAAACUGCUGGGCGAAGUGGGCCGAGUGGACUUACAGAUCGGACUGACCCUCACAUACCUCAUCUCGGUGGUGCACGGACUGACAUUCCGCGGAGCUAUCUGCAACCCCUCUAGCACCAUUGAAAGCGUCUACCGGAGCAGGAUCACUGGUAGAUGCGCAGCAGCGCGAAUCUUGUGCCAGUUUGUCGCUGCUUCGGUGGCACGCUGUGUCGUGCCGUAUGUGUGGGCUCUUGGUUUGUCUGAUUUGCACGUGAGGCACAAACUCUUUGGAUUUAAAUGCUUCAACCCGAUUAACGCACCGCUUUUGAAAGCCACCGCAGUUGAGCUUGGAUGCGCCUUCGCCGUGCACUCUGCCGCUACUCAUAUGCAAGAACUGUCCGACAAAUACAAACUCCAUGCCAUAGCACUGGUUAUCACAACAUUGGUGUAUGCAGGUGGAAGUGCCACGGGAGCGGUGUUCAACCCAGCACUUGCUUUCUCCACACAGUUUUCCUGCAGCGGAAACACCUUUGCAGAGUAUUCACUUGUGUACUGGUUGGGGCCAGUUCUAGGCAUGACUGGCUCUGUGCUUCUGUACGACAAAGUCAUUCCCUCGCUGUCAAGGAAGAGCACACACCAAAAUGGCCUGGAUUCCAAUGGUGUGGAUGACAAGAAGAAGAACUGAUCAUCUCGCCAUGCAUAUACUGUUCAAACCUAGCCUGGUUUUACCAGACCACAUAAAUGACUUCGUAAUUCAUUUUAGGUCUGGGUCCUCAGUGCCCUGGAACACUUGGGUGGGAGGAAUGAGCUCAGCUCUGGUUUGAAAUGAGCUCUGACCAAUCACUGACAGUUGACGUUCAUGACGUAUGUCAUUAUGCUUCCAAGUGUGUUCGCUUAUUGGACGGCAACACCGGUUGUCUGAAAACCGAGUGAAAACCCUCACCAGAGAAGCGCAAUCAGACCAUUUAUGGAGUACGAUGUAAUUUAAAAUGAAUCGUCUGGGCUGUCAGGCUAGUUCAAAUCUAGAGCAUCUCAAAAUAUAUGUGAGCCAUGUCUGUAAUUAUGGGGCCACAAUAUACUGUUUUGCGAGUGUAUGCGUGCAAUAACAUACCUCAUCAACCUUUUAUUUCCUCGAGCCAAACAGGGUUUUUGUGUGAAGAUAUGAUUUUAAGUAGCAAUAUGCUAUAGCUUUAAUAGAGCUUUGCUGACUAGUUGUUUUAUAUUUAAUUUAAGAAUAAGAUCCUUAGACACAAGCACAUGAUUACAAAACAAAACUUAUGUGGUGUAAGUUUUGGUGAUUCCAUGUUAGGUGAUUUACUGAAGUAGACUUCCAAAAAGUCGUUCAAAAUCUGGAAAGAAUAUUUUGUAGGCCUGCUUUGAAACAACGAGCUGCUAUAGCUAUUUCCAGUAGAGAUAAGUGUUCAUUUCAGAAAAAAACUGACUAUAAGGACAGUGCAAUCAUUGUUCAGCUUGUUUUUUUGUUAUUCUGUUUUUGUGAUGUACUUUUUUACAAACCUUAAAAGUUGUUCUUUUUUUGUUUUUCAUCGUGUAGCUGAUCUAACAAGUUGAAACAUUAACAUUCCAUUUGAUCGAAGCACAUGAAGAGUAGUUGAAUAAGUAUGCAAAUGUAGGCGUAUGGAGAGUUUAAGCAUUUAGCGAAUGUAUGCAACUAUAAGCACAGUUUUUCCUCGUUGCCUUUGGACGUUUUGUGAGUUUUUUUGACAAUUGACAGAUGCAAAGUUCACCUCAGACUUGCAAGCUUAUGUCAGACCGUGCCAUGCACAAUGCAGGUUUACUAACAGGCCAAAAACGGCACACUUUAUUGUCUGAACAUGAAAAUAGACAUGGCUACAUGCCUAAGUGUCUAACGCAAGCUGUUGUGAAGCUGCACAAAGGGUCACAUGAUCAUUUGUGGCAUUCUACAGAUGUUUCAGAAGGUGCCAUGCUAUAGCAUAGUUCUGUUUAGUGUUUAAAGUGUACUUAUUGUAAUAAAACAGUUCAUGUUUUUAUAA